AUGGGUAUGAAAAACCACGACUUGGUACCCAUCCCGUUGAUUGUUUCGUUGUCUAAUCUCCGUCACGGAGGCGUUCACAAGAUUUUGUCGGACCUUCUUCGAGAUAAGUUAGUAUCCCACGAAAGAAAAGUAUACGAUGGAUACAGACUGACCUAUCUUGGCUAUGACUUUCUUGCUCUCCGCUCCAUGAUGAAGCGAGGAAACGUUGUUUCUGUUGGAAGAAAAAUAGGUGUCGGUAAGGAAUCCGAUAUUUAUAUUGUACAAAACGAGGAAGGAGAGGAACUGGCAUUGAAGCUCCAGCGUCUCGGCCGUAUUUCAUUCCGUGCGAUUAAACAAAAACGAGACUAUUUAGGCAAGCGACAGAGUGCGAGCUGGAUGUACAUGUCCCGUCUCGCUGCGAUUAAAGAAUUUGCCUUUAUGAAGGCUCUCCAUGACGCAGGAUUCUCCGUACCGCGUCCUGUCGACCAGAACCGCCAUUGCGUUCUCAUGUCUCUAGCGAAGGGCAUUCCUCUCUACCAAAUCACCGAAUACGACGCUGUUCCGCAACUCUAUGAUGCCAUGAUGGAGAUGGUCGUCGAUCUAGCGCGCCACGGUCUGAUUCACGGCGAUUUCAACGAGUUCAACCUCAUUCUGGACGAGUCCACGCGCGCCCUGACCCUCAUCGACUUUCCUCAGAUGGUCAGCACUUCCCACGAAAACGCGGAAAUGUAUUUCGACCGCGACGUCGAGUGCGUCGCGCGCUUCUUCCGACGGCGGUUCAACUACGAGCGAACCGAAAAACCGCGGUUGUCGGAUAUAACGAACGAAUUCAAACUGGAUCGGAGCGUGCAGGCGAGCGGGUUCAGCGCGGAGGACGAGCAGCUGCUGCUGGAGGUGGGGGAAACGUGGAAACUCGAGGGUAGAUGGCGGAUAUCGCGUUCGAAGAAGAAGAAAACCCGCGGGACGAAGACGAAGACGAAGACGAAGACGAAGAGGGAGAGGAGGUUAGCGAAGAAGAGGGAAACGGAGAAACUGGGGAAACUGGGGAAGAGGAAGGUGCGAAAGGCAAACAGUCCAUCGAAAAUGAAAAUGAAAAUGAAGAGAACGAAGAAGAAAAAGCGCGGGAAAAUGAUGAGGACGAAGAAAAUGAAGAGAAUGACUCUGAUGAUGAUGAUGAUGAUGAUGAAGAAGAAGAAGAAGAAGAGGAAGAAGUUCGUGUGA